AUGCUUGCAGGGGGAACCAUUUGCCCAAUCAGCAGCCACCUGGCUGCGAUUGCUGGGAUUCUUACCGUCGAGCCCGGACUGCCCGACCAUCUUUCAUACCGUAACGAAUGCUCGGUUCCGCGCUAUUCCAUUUUGGGCCUUCUUUCUAGGAUCCCCGUACCGUACGAUUACCAAUUCCUGACCAUGAUUACCGAGAACGAGAGCGACGGAGCGAGGCUUUGUCCCAACCCGACCCACUGA